AUUCCCUUUAAUUUCGAUGAUCUUUACGUUUUUUUAAUCAAACAUACGAAUAGACCAUAAUUAAAUAUCUAUUCGCACGUGAAAAAUGUGCAAAUAGACACACCGUUAUUAAAAAUUCAUUUAAAAAAAAGAAUCUUUCUUCAACAUUGCACUAAUUUACAAAAAUAAAUCAAAAUUUGAAUAAACUAGUAUCGGAGCUAUUUCUGUUUUAAAUGGACAAUAUACUUGAGAAAAUGAUAUUCGAUAAUAUGAGCGAUAUACUAAAGAAACUGUUAUUUAAGAGACAGUACCACCUUCAUCUGUAUUCAGAUAUUGAAACAAGGGUUUAGAAAACAAAUAUGUUCUAUGUGGACUGGUCCUGCAUACUACGCACUUACGGAAUAUUUGAACCUAUAAAACAAAUACCUUUGAUAACGAAGUCUAUGAUGAAUAUUUACAGAAAGAAAAAAAUGAACUAUAAACGUAUUCAACUUUUCAUAAAUAAAAGAAGAACUUUACUUGUUUUGAUAAUGUGGAUUUUACCGCUUUUGGUUUUCUACAUACGCAACACCGGGAAAAACAGUUUAACUCUAUAUGGAAAAAUACUUCAAAGCAAUUCUUCUUUUAUCAAUAAUGAAUUUGAAAAAAAAUCAAGUAGCAAACAAAGCAACGGCAAUCCAGCUAUUUAUUACAUAGCAAUUAAGGCUAUUUAUCCACCGUCAGUCAGUUCAUCAUCUGUUAAUACCAAAUCUGCCAAACAAUUACCUGAUAUUUUUCCUUCUAGCAAUCUAGCAUUAAAAAAUCUAGUUAAUGACAGCUUAUCAUAUAGAAAAUCAGAAUUUGAAAUUCCAGCAUCUUUAAACCCAUCUAAAAACUCUUUACCCAGCAUUUCAAUAAGCAAUAAUGUAAAUCAUGCUAGUUCCUCAUCUAGAGAUGUAAUACAUUUUCAAGUUCGAGAAAAUCUAAUAACAACAAAUCAAAAUGUGAUUUUUUUAAAGACCCACAAAACAGGUUCUUCUACUGUUACAAACAUAUUGCAAAGAUAUGCAUUGUCACACCACUUAAAUGUUGCACUUCCUCGGUGUGAUCACAGAUUUUGUUAUCCAAAUAAAUUUGAAGAAGCUUAUUUAUAUGAACACCAAUCAGGAGAGUUAUAUAAUAUAUUGUUUAAUCAUGCAGUGUUUCAUAAAGAGAAAAUGCUUCAAAUUAUGUCUUCCGAUGUUACAAAAAUAAUUACGAUAAUAAGGGAACCAUUUUCGCAGUUUGACUCUGCUGUACAAUACUUAAACUUCAGAAAGUAUUUCAAUUUGAGUAGUGAUUUACCAUUAUUAGACGAAUUUUUUAAAAUUCCAGUAGAGCAUUUAAAAAGAUACAUCCAAUCCGUUAGUUUAAAUGAAGGAGAAGGUGCUUUCGCUUUGGCUAAAAAUCCAAAUGCAUUUGAUCUUGGAUUUGACGUUUGGAAUGAAACACCUGAAUACAUUGAAUAUGUAUUACACUCACUUACUCAAGACUUUAGCCUUAUAAUGAUCAUGGAAUACAUGGAAGAGUCAUUAGUUUUGCUGAAAAACGAAAUGAAUUGGGAAUUGGAGGAUGUAUUAUUUUACGCUCUUAAUGCAAGGAGUUUUAAAGAAAAAAGCACAAUUAACUUUGAAGUUGCUAAAGAAAAGGUUUUGAGCUGGAAUAAACUUGACGCUGCAAUUUACAAGUAUUUUAAUGAAACAUUUUGGUUAAAAAUAAAAAAUAGCCCCUCUGAAUUUUACUUAGAAGUAAAUAAAUUAAAAGAAUGGAAUAUUGAUUUAGUAAAUCAUUGUAAUGGAUUGGUAACAGCAACAUCACUAUUGUUAGUACAAAAGUAUCGUCAAAUGUCAAGUUCUACUUUAUGUGCGGAUGUUUUUCGAGAUGAUAUUUUAUUUACGACACAAUUUAAGAGUAUGCGGUAUAUAAGAGUUAAUGCAAAAUUUUAAAACUAUACAAAAAAUUGAAAAAUUCCUUAUACAUCUGUUGUACAUAAAUUAAUUUAUAGAUUCAAACUUGAUUUUUAAGAUUCUAACAAAGCUA